CAAACGCUCAUCUUUAGGCUUUACCUCCACCCCACCGUGAAGAAGACUUGAGAGUUGAGAAUUUGGGAAAGCUCGGCCGAAUUCCUUGCACAGAAGAUCAGAAUGUCGCCGGAGACGGCCAGGAACCCACCGGAAUCUGAAGUCACUGGCCUGAAUUUCAAGGAAACAGAGCUGACCUUGGGUCUACCGGGUGAAUCACGGACUCAGGCAGAGAUUGUUUCCAAGAACAGCAAGCGUGGAUUCUCGGAAACCGUUGAUCUGAACCUCGGGAGUUCGAGUAGCAGCGAAACACGUGGCAGAAGUCAGGUCGAAGAGCAAGGGGAAAGUGAAGCCCCCUGUGCAGGGAAGCCUCCAGCUUCAAAGGCACAAGUGGUUGGAUGGCCACCAGUGAGGUCGUUCAGGAAGAACGCGUUGAAGAGCUGCACGUACGUGAAGGUGGCCGUGGACGGAGCACCGUAUCUACGGAAGGUAGACUUGGAGACGUACUCCAGCUACCAGCAGCUGUUGAGCGCUCUGGAGAAUAUGUUCACCUGCUUCACCAUCCGUAACGUUCUAAACGAGAGGAAGCUUAUGGAUCCCGUGAACGGAACCGAAUACGUUCCUACUUACGAAGAUAAGGACGGAGACUGGAUGUUGGUCGGAGACGUCCCGUGGAAAAUGUUCGUCGCAUCAUGCAAGCGUAUUCGAUUGAUGAAAAGCUCAGAGGCAGUCGGAUUAGCUCCAGGGACCCCCGCACAAUCUGCAAGCGCGUCGUGAUCAGAGAAAGGAGCCCCCAUUGGAGGGCAUUCGUCCUUUGUCUGAUACAGUAGAACUUGUACAGAUAUUGUUCCAAUCGUUUUUUUUUUUUUGUGGGUUUCUUUUUUUUUUCUUUUCUGUUUCUGUUUAGUUUCCUUUUAUUGGGGCCUGGGGGAGUCUUGAUUAACUCGGAGGUGGAGAAGGAGGAGGGAUGGAAGAGAAAUAAGGAGUUGAGAGACCUGCCUGUAAUUAUGUAUUCUUAUGUUACUGGUGCAGCUACUGUAGUCUAGUCGGCUUUUCUAGUUAUAACUCCAGUCACACUCUUCUUAUACUAAGGAAAAGAAAUAAAAAGAAGAGAAACUGAGGAAAAAAAAGGUUUAUUUGAUUC